AUUCCAUAUCCACAACUAAAUCCCCUACCUUCAUCCAUACCCUAGCUGUAUGGGGGGGUUUUCCCAAGCCGCACUGGGAAUUUCUUUUUGCGACAGUUGGUCUCGCGGGCUGAAAAAGAAAACGUCCUAGCAUCGCAUUCCCCGAGUUUACACCCUAGUCCCGGGUUAGGGCCAUUGCGGAUGUAUGUCGAAGUCUGACCGACACCUCAAGGAUGAGGGCUCCCGACUUCAAGUCGUCAUAGCUGGAGGUACAGCCGGUCUGGUAUCCCGAUUCGUAGUCGCGCCUCUCGACGUCGUCAAGAUCCGCCUGCAACUGCAAUCGCAUUCCCUCUCCGACCCUCGCACCCACCUCGACCUCCGCGGCUCUCCCAUCUACAAGGGCACCGUCGGCACGUUCCGCCACAUCAUCACCAAUGAGGGCUUCACCGCGCUGUGGAAGGGCAACGUCCCCGCCGAGCUGAUGUACGUCGCCUACGCCUCCGUCCAGUUCACCACCUACCGGUCGACAACCCAGCUCCUCCACGCUCUUAGCGGAGGACAAGACUCCUCCCGCCCCAGCCUCCCGCAGUCCGUCGAGUCCUUCGUCGCGGGUGCCGCCGCCGGCGCCGCAGCCACCGCCGCUACGUACCCGCUGGACCUGCUGCGCACGCGGUUCGCGGCCCAGGGCAACGACCGCGUGUACGCGUCGCUGCGGUGCGCGGUCGCCGACAUCGCGCGGGACGAGGGCCUGCCGGGCUUCUUCCGGGGGCUGACGCCCGCGCUGGCGCAGAUCGUGCCCUUCAUGGGCCUGUUCUUCGCCGUGUACGAGGGCGCGCGGCUGCCGCUCGGCCGCGUCGGCGCCCUGCCCUGGGGCACCGGGGACGCCACGGCCGGCGUCGUCGCCGGCGUCGUCGCCAAGACGGGCGUGUUCCCGCUCGACCUCGUCCGCAAGCGCAUCCAGGUCCAGGGCCCCACGCGCAACCGCUACGUCCACAAGAACAUCCCCGAGUACUCCGGUACGGUGAACACGGUCCGUCGCAUCCUGCAGCAGGAAGGGAUUAGGGGCUUGUAUAGAGGGCUGCCGGUGAGCCUGCUCAAGGCGGCGCCCGCGAGUGCCGUCACCAUGUGGACGUACGAGCGGACUUUGAAUUUUUUGGUUAGGAGGGGGGAGCUCAGUGGUUCAUGAUGACGUGUAAAAAAUAGGAUAGACAAAAGUGGGUGUCCAUGGGUAGCAUAUUGAUUAGCACACCUUAUGAGAUGGCGUUGUAUAACAUCAGGAUAGAUGUUGCGGAGAGCGACUUAUAAAAUAUACCAUUAUAUUGAUUUCUGAAGCCAUAUCUUAUAUGUACGUACCUAGGUACCUAAAUUAGCACUUAUAUUGGCUUGAUUUACUAUCCGAAUUUCUGCUCGAGUUGAAGCUCUUUGGUCCUUGGUGUAG